CCCAUCUGAUCUUAAUAAUAUUCCUGAAAGAAAGAAAGAAAGAAACAAAAACUAUGGCGGAAGGAGCUUUAUUCCACCUUGCCGGAAAAGUCCUUGAACUGCUGGGUUCCUUCACUCUCCCAGAGGUCAAACUGGCCUUCGGUGUUCAAACUGAGAUUGAAAAACUAACAAGCACAGUUUCCACGAUCCAAGCUGUGAUUCUUGAUGCAGAAAAGCAGAGUUCUCAUAAUCAUCAGAUCAAAGAUUGGCUCAGAAAGCUCAAAGAUGUUCUCCAUGAUGCUGAUGACUUGCUGGAUGAUUUCUCAACCCAAGUUUUGCGGCACAAGGUGAUGAGAAAGAAGAAGGUACGCAUUUUCUCUUCCAGUUCUAAUCGUAUUGCUUUUAGUCCUAAGAUGGGUCGUCAAAUAAAAGCAAUUAAGAAGAGACUAAAUGCCAUUGCAAAAGAUAAGGAGGAUUUCCACUUUAUUCAAAGCUUCAUUGAGCCACAAGUCAUGAGUAGGGACAGAGAAACUUAUUCUUUUGUUCUUGAAGAUGAAGUUGUUGGGAGAGAGAAUGAUAAGGAAGUGAUUAUCGAACUUCUUUUUGAUGACAAUGUUGUAGAUAAUAUUUCUAUCAUUCCAAUCGUUGGUAUUGGAGGAUUAGGGAAAACCACACUAGCUCAACUGGUUUACAAUGAUCAAAGUGUCAACAAAAAUUUUGAGCUAAAACUUUGGGUUUGCAUCUCUGAAAUCUUUGAUGUAAAACGAAUUGUUAAAGAAAUUUUAGAACAGCUGACGGAUGAGAGACUUAAAGAAAGCUUUGAGAUGCUGCAAAAUCAGCUUCGAGAAAAACUUAGUGGAAAAAAGUACUUGCUUGUCUUGGAUGAUAUGUGGAAUGAGGACAGUGCUAAAUGGCUUCUCUUGAAAAAUUUAUUAAUGGUAGGUGCAAGGGGAAGUAGGAUAGUUGUAACCACUCGUUCUGAAAUGGUGGCGGGCAUAACAGGGGCAACUUCAUGGUAUGCUCUAAAAGGCCUACCUGUAGAAAAGGCUUGGAAUUUGUUUGUAAAAGUUGCAUUUGGAGAAGGCCAGCUGCCUAAGAACCAAGCCUUUAUUAGCCUGGGAAAGGAGAUUUUGGAAAAAUGUGUUGGGGUACCUCUUGCCAUAAGAACAAUAGCAAGCUUGCUACACUCCAAACCUUCUGAAAAUGAGUGGCGAUCUUUCAAGAAUUAUGAACUCUCAAAAAUAACUCAUGCAGAAGAAAAUAAUAUUUUAUCAACACUUAAGUUGAGUUAUGAUCAUCUACCAUCAUACUUAAAACAAUGCUUUGCUUAUUGUAGAUUGUUUCCAAAAGAUUUCAAGAUUCAUGUAGGGACACUGAUUGAUCUUUGGGCAGCGCAAGGUUUUAUUAAGUUAUCGAAUCCAAAGCAACGUGUUAAGGAUGUUGGUAGAGAAUACUUCAAGUUAUUACUUUGGAGGUCAUUCUUCCAAGAUGUUGAAAAGGAUUACUGGGGCAAUAUAUGGUGCAAAAUGCAUGAUCUCAUGCAUGAUCUUGCAAUCUCUGUGGCUGGAACAGAAUGUACUGUAUUACAUUCAACUGAGGAAAAUAUUGGCAAAAAUGUUCGUCAUGUAUCAUUUAAUCUUUUGGAUUCAUCUAUGCAGUUUCCAAUCAUCAAGUUUGAAGGAAAGAGGAUACGAACGGUUCUUGGACAUAGAAGAGGGCGUGAUUUUCCUUGUAAUGCGCUUGUUUCAAAUCUUAAGUAUUCACGCACACUAGAUUUGAGCUAUCUACGGUCACGAAAAAUGCUGAGUUCAAUUGGGAGAUUGAAGCAUUUAAGAUAUCUUGAUAUUUCUGGAAAUCAUUGCAUUAAAAUUCUCCCUAAUUCCAUUGUCAUGCUGCUGAAUUUGCAAACACUGAAACUCAAGAAUUGUAGUGCGCUUAGAGAAUUACCCCAGGACACUAAAAAUCUAGUCAAUCUUAGGCAUCUAGAUAUUUCUGGUUGUUAUCAAUUGACUCAUAUGCCUUACAGACUCGGAAAUUUGACUUCUCUUGAGAUACUACCAUAUUUUGUUGUGAGAGACGGAGGUGUCAAGGCCAGGGCUAGUGGUGGGCUUAGUGAAUUGAAUAAGCUGAGCAAUUUGGGAGGAAACCUGAGGAUUAUGUAUCUAGGACAUGGAAAAGAUGACAUGAUGGAAUGUAAAGCUGCAAAUAUGAAGGAGAAACAACAUCUUCACCAACUGGAAUUAUGGUGGGACCCAAAGUUGGUUGGAGAAACUGAAUGUUUUGAUGAAAUGUCACUAGAAGGUCUCCAGCCACAUCCAAAUCUUGAAGAAUUGAUUUUGUUGAAUUAUAUGGGUGUUACAAUUCCAAGUUGGGUCUCUUCGCUCACUAAUCUUGUCAAUUUGCAAUUGCAGAGUAAUUGUAGAUGCCACCACCUCCCACCGUUAAAUCAACUCCCUUUUCUCAACUCUGUCUGUCUUGUAAACAUGAAAGCACUUAUCAUUUAUCGGUGCCAUGGACUUAGGUCUCUUCCUUGUAAAGGUAUUCAACAUCUCACCUCUCUUCAAGAGAUGAAAAUAGUGGACUGCAAUGAGCUGGCUCUGGUAAAUGACGAAGAUGAUGGCAUGCAAUGGCAAGGCCUUCGGAGCCUCCAUUCUCUGUGUUUUUGGGGAACUCCAAAGUUGGUGUCUCUACCAGAUGGGCUUCAACAUGUUACCACUCUUCAAAAACUCGAAAUUCUUAAUUGUACUAAUUUAAUGGUAUUACCAGAGUGGAUAGGCAACCUCGCAUCACUACAUUAUCUUGCAAUUUCCGGAUGCUUCAAUCUGACGUCAUUGCCUCAAGAGAUUUGCCAUCUCACGUCUUUACAAUUUCUUGAGAUUGGCAAUUGUCCUAAUUUGAUGACUUUACCAGGGUCAAUGGAUAACCUCACGUUACUACAAAUGCUUAAAAUUGGGGAAUUCCCCAAUCUGACCUCACUGCCUCAAGGGAUUCGCAGUCUCACCUCUUUAAAAAUGUUGAGGGUUGGCAAUUGUCCUAAUUUGAAGGCUUUACCAGAGUGGAUAGGCAACCUCACAUCACUGGAAGAGCUUAUAAUUUGUGAAUGCCUUAAUCUGACAUCAUUGCCUCAAGGGAUUCAUGAUCUCCCCUCUUUACAACGGCUGAAUAUUACUGGUUGUCCCAUUUUAGGAGCAAGAUGCCUGGGGGAAGAUUGGCCCAAGAUUUCUCAUGUUCCAGUCUUGAGAUUGGAUCGAUUGUGGCGGUGAGAUACAAGUUGUUCAGCCUCUGUCCAAGCAUUGGGCCACAUUGCACAUGUUAUUUUCUUUAAUGAGUUUAAUCACUACAAGUAUGGGGCAUUGUGUGAUGGAUGGAUAGAGUUCCUGGAGUUCUUUAAGUCAAAGAGAUGUAGUAUGGGUAAGGACGGUUGAGCCAAGACAGGUAAGAGAAGGAGUUUUAUUAAAUGUCCCAAAGAUGGAGUAACUUGCUGCAAAGCAAUGCAGAGG